AUGUCUGAUAAAGCACAAAGCGAAGGACAUUGGGAAUCGCAUUCAUAUGCAUCUCAAACAACUAAAGUGGGUGAUAACCCAUCGGUUACUAUUGGUAAAGAAGCAUCAGCUGAAGGAAGUUUUGAUCAUGGCAAGCCUGUAGUCGCCGAUUCACAUGCGACUACAUUUACUGAUAAAGGACAUCCAGGAACAAUUGAAUAUAAAGAUCAAAGUGCUGAUCAACAAAAAAGUAUCAAAUAA